AACUUAUGAAGUUGGCAGUUCCGACCAAAACACUUGACAGAAACAAGUGCAAUUUAAUCCAGAGUGCAGACGAUUGGGAUUUGGGAACAAUGUUAAGUGGUAAACAUUUGGAAUGAGUAUUGAAGCUCUGUCACUUUCUUCGUUUUUUUUAUUAUUUGUGUCACUUGGUGUUUGUGCAGAAGAUUUAGGACUUCAGUCUGUUGCUGCUUUGAAUAGCGAAGUAGACUCCUUUGGGCAUGAAAGUAAAUCUGAUGUUUUGCCUCUGCGAGCUACUGUAGUGAGCAAAAGAGUUGCAGAGUUUACGGAUCAGUUUAUAAAACAAGAUGAUCUGUCAUUAUCAUCAGAUGCUGAAGUACUCCAGGGAGAUGUUGAGGACCUGCAGGUGACAACUGCUCCUGCCUCUCAAACUGAAGAUAUUGAAACAGUGGAAAACUCAACAUUAAACAAUACUGAUAAUGGCCUGAAUAGAAGUACACUUGUAUCCUGCGUUGUAGGAAACAGUAGUAUUGGGAAACCAGUGGAGCUGAUUAAUUCUACAAGAUUAUUGAGCCUUCUGGUAAGUGACCCCAAUGUGACACGACGUCGCCAACCGGCAGAAUGCGUAAUGGUCCUCUUCUAUGCUCGUUAUUGCCCAUUUAGCAGCCUGGCAGCACCCCACUUCAAUGCCCUCCCUAGGGCUUUUCCAGACAUAAAAAUGGCUGCCAUUGAUGCAAUGAAAUACCACAGUUUCAAUACGCAAUAUGGAAUUGUUGGUGUCCCCACAGUAAUGUUGUUCCACAAUGGUCGACCAGCUGCAAAGUUCAAUAAUUCUGAUUACACCUUAGAAAUGUUUGGACGCUUUAUAAUAGAAUAUACAGGCCUUGAACCCAAAAACAAAUUGUUUGUGAUGUCUGUUGACUUCAGUGGUCCUGUACCAAGUGUACCAGUCAAAGAGACUGAUUACUGUCUUGUCUUGUCAUGGGUGUUCAUAAUGCUGUGUGCAGUGUACUACUUUAGUAAGUCUGCAUGGUGGCAAUGGAUUGUAGAAGCUGUACAGAACUCUUGGAGAGAAGCAGAAGCUCACCAUGAACAUGUGGAGUGACAGUUAACCACUGUGCUUGUUGGAAGGGGACUGUGAACAUUUCCUGCUCUUGGAUUACAAUCGUUGUAUUGCUUGUCAUUCAGGGAUGGAUGCCUUAUUUUUUCCCAAACUUCAGUGCAUUUAGCUUAUCAGUUGCACUUU